AUGCUGCUCUCAACUUUCAAUUCGUCUUCACAUCGUUCCAAGACAACAUAUCUCGGCCACGACCCGUCCCUUGCUUCUGGAUCACAAUCAUCGCCCACGGCUGUCACUUUGCACACGCCGCCGUCUGCUGGGAAAGGCAAAAGUAAGGCACAAGGCAAACCUAGGGUCUUGUCCACAGUGCUGGAAGCUCCGACGCCAGUGGCCAAUUCGCCAGAGCCUGGGGCAGUUCCAUCCCGUGCUCGUGUUCCUGUGCGGGUUCCUGUGCCUGUACCUGUGCCUCUGCCUGUGCCACCGCGAGUGUCCAGCGCUCCUGAGAAGCGGCAAACUCGUGCAGCAUCCACAAAACCAGGGACCACCACCAUCAGCACAACCCGCACCACCACCACCACCAACAAGAAAUUGGACCACUCUCACCGUCGCCAGAGCAAGGGACACCAGAAUACUGCACCGAAAGGAGGAGUCGCUUCUUCACCGUCGACUCCAUCACAGCUCGGUGUUGGCAUUGCCUCCAGCAAGUCUGCCGCCGCGGUUACUUCCGCCGCGCUCCCUGAGCCUGCACCAGAGCCUGCGCCUCUGCAUCUGCCUGUCCCAGUUUCUCUCCCCGUGCCUGCGUCUAAUUGUACAUUGGCGUCUGCAUCGUCCCGUCGCUGCUGUCUAGGUCUCGCUUCCCAUGAUUCCUUUUUAGACAAACCCACCGCUACCGUGGAUGCCAGUAUGGCUGACAAUCGCACUGCUCGCACCCCCCCACGGGACUCCCAUGAUCUCUCCCUGUCGCCACGAGACAUCACCCGCGACUCUCUCGUCGUGAAUAUGCUCCUGUCUCUGGAUCAGAUGUCCUUCGGCCAAUCCGACACGGACGGUCCUUUGGGGUUUGGGGGCGGCAGAGGGCACAAUACCAACUACGACGAAGAAUAUUCCUCGAGACCGUGGACCAACGAUUCGAACACCAGUUCGCAAGGACGAUACGAUACCGGAAAACAUCGCCAUUGGCACCAAUCGUCCUACAGCUCCGACAUGGACAGUGUUGCCGUCGAGGAGCCUGCCAAGCACUCGACUGCUGCCCAUUAUCCCCCCUCGCGAGGGCGCCGCAGCAAUAGCAGUUCCAACAAUUUUCAGGGCCAAUUCCCGCGCCUAAACAGCAUGCGAGAAACGUCCUACAAAGCUCAGCCUGGCACGCCGCCGAGGAGCAGUCAUACCCGUGGCGGGAGACAAAGCAAUAAGAGUAGCAGCAGUGCGAGCAUUGAUAUGGGAUACCCUCACGGCAUGAUGAGCCACCGAUUGGCACAGAGAACCGGACGAUCUGCUAGUUUCGAUUACGGGCCUCAAUCGCAGUCACAGCUCAAACAGCUUUCCUUGUCCUCCCCUUUCCAGGUCAACUUCCCCGAUGCCUUCUCCCACGACGACGACGACGCCGCUCCAACACCGACCGUACCCGGUGGACCUCGCCGUGAUGCCUCUAGCCGUCAUAUCCCACCACCGCCGCCGCAACCUGUCGAACCUCGCACAUUGGAACGCAAGCGUAGCACGAGUCGAUCCCUCAAAAGCUCUUCUGGCAGAAGUAGGCGAGGCACUGCCCACCAAGGUGCGGCCGCCGCACAGGCACCACCGCCAAUGCCUACACAGGAGUUGGAGUCUGCUCCUGCUCCAAGCGUGGGGUACGGCAAAUCCAAGGAAUCUGAUGCACCUGUCCACGCAACCUCGCAACCGAAAGAGCGACCCGGAUUCUUCAGACGCGUUUUCGGUUCGUCAAAGUCGACUGCCCCUUCAAACGGCAAUCUAUCUGGAGCUCAAACAAGCUCCUCUCGCUUGCCGGCCUCCCCUGAACGUUCGACCCAUCAGCAAAAGCCCACUACCCCUUCCAAGCCGACGUCUGCUCCGCCUUCGAGGGACACAACAUCGUCACAUUCUCAUCACCAGCCCACAUUGCAAAAGAAGUCUUCCUCCUUCUUUCGCCGCCGCAAGAAGUCAUUUGCUGACGAGGCUCCGCCUGUCCCAAGCACUGAGCACAUACCGCCGGUGCCUGUAUUGGACUCCACGACUCUGCGAACCGCCAAAGAUGAUCCAUCUGCACUGAACAAGGACAGUCCAGCGAGCAGCUUACGCCAAGUUAUGAACCCAUACCUCCGAGAGAGUGUUACUGGGCUUGGCUUGACAGGGGUGGCGGUCUCGACGCCGUUAUCAGAUAUUACCAAUACACCCGGCUCAAAAUCGGAUGGCAAUGCUGAGCCAAGACAUGAAGAGUACAAGAGGGAGUUCUCGCCGGAUUAUGAGCCCAGCCCGAACGCUCGCAUCAGAAGAGUCAGCUCUGGUUCAGACGGCGAACGAUUUGAAAGCACCCCCUCACGACCCAAGUCGAAGCACCCUCAAAAGACCUUGCAGAACAGCAAUUCUUUUCUGGAUCUGGAUGCAGGCAGCGAUAACGAUGAGGAUGGCCACAAGCACAAGAAAUCGGCUGAAGCUUCUUCUCCGCUGGCAGCGAGAGCAAAGGAUACAGUAGACCGAGAUGCUACGAUUCGGGCAAAGAAGAAGCCAGUCUUAGACGUGGACGAGGGAAGCAAGCCUCCAGCGCAGACAGUUCUGAACCUGCCCGCAGAUGGUGGUAGAUCCACUAGUCUUGCAUCAGGGUCAACUGAAACUGGAUACAGAACUGCUCCAAGCGCUCCGCCUAGUGUGCUUGUCCAGGACAGUGGCGAGGCCAGUCCCAAAGUAUUUGGUGCCUUGGAAUCUAUCAAGACGUGCAAGCCCCUUGACGAGCCCGAAUUUGUCAUUGGCGAACCUACAGAGGACGACCGACAAAAGGCUCAAAGGAUAUUCGACGGAGGAGAAGAGUUCAUACAAAAGGAUAGGGCGGCUGCGUGGAUGGGCGAACAAGGGCCUGUUCGGCAGCGUACGCUCCAAGCUUACAUGGAGUUGUACGACUUCACUGGUCUGAGCAUUCUGGCUGCCCUGCGUCAAAUCUGCGGUCGACUGGUCCUUCGAGCCGAAACUCAACAAGUAGACCGAAUUUUGGUUGCAUUUUCAAAACGUUGGUGUAAUUGCAACCCUAACCAUGGAUUCAAGGCAACAGAUGUCAUUCACAUGAUUUGCUACUCCAUUAUGCUGCUGAACACUGACCUCCAUCUUGCGGAUAUUGAGUCAAAGAUGACUCGAAGCCAGUUUAUCAAGAACACAAUGACUACAAUCACACAGGCUGUUACCGAGUCGGCUCCUGAGGCUUUCGUCAGACCCACUAUCCUUCCCGACAAGAACUCGAUGCUGUCUUCUGAACCAACACGCCCAAUGACAGAGCCUGGUCGUAGCAAUAGGCACUCCUUCCGCCCAACCCCUCGAACUGAAGGAAGCUCCAGUGAUGUUGAUGAUUGUGGCCCGCUGGUCACGUCGGCCUACAUUGGGCCAAGGAGAGGCUGGGAGGAGCAGAUCGAGAUUGUUUUAAAAUCGAUUUACGCCUCGAUUCGAGACCAAAGAUUGCCUCUGUUCGGGGCGGAGCAAGAAAAGCAUCUAAACACCGCCCCAUCUCAAAGCAGCUUGUCGGUAAUGGGAAUGUUGAAGAGAAGCCCCAGCGUUCUGAGCAAAGCACCAUCCGAGAUCAUUUCCACCCGUGGACGCGUUGCCGAAAACAGCCGGAACAACACCUCUCGGUGGACAUCGAAAAGCCGAUCGCGCCCUGGCUUGGGCCGUACAGGAUUUUCAUCAAGUCGCACCAGCUUUGAUGAUGGCAACUCAAUGUGGAGUCCAGCAAUGUCUUCGGCAACAUGGAGCAAGCACUCCUUGGGAAGGACCCAAGGGUCCAUGUCGCAGGACUCAUUCGCCUCCUCGAUGCCACGAGGUGACUAUCAGCAGUCAAUUGGAUUUGCCAAUGCACUAAGUCAGGCUAUCAUUCGGGAUGAAGACCCCAAUGGACACGAAACUGCUCCGUCCAUAUUGAGUGCUGACCUCGCUGCUACGCAGUUCUUAGAGGAUGAAUCACUGGAGCUGGCCGGCCCGCCGUGGGUCAAGGAAGGAAUGGUCAUGCACAAACACCACUUGGACGGCUACGGGAAACGGGCCAAGGACCGAAACUGGACCGAAGUCUUUGCCGUGGUUCAAAAAGGACAAAUUAGCCUCUUCUCGUUCAACGCGAGCAAAUCAAUGCGCCAAAAGAGCCGGUCACGGAAUGGAGGCAAACCUAACGGACCUGUUGGAGGCGGCAACUGGCAGGACAAUGCAGUUAACCUCGGGACAUUCAACUUGCGGUUGACUUUGGCAUCAGCUUUGCCAUCGCCAGGCUACUCCCGGUCCCGGCCACACGUCUGGGCUUUGAGUUUGCCGACAGGGGCCGUCCAUCUAUUCCAUGUUGGCACACCAGAAAUCAUUAGAGAGUUUGUCAAUACGGCAAACUACUGGAGCGCACGCCUUAGCACCCAUCCUCUAGUUGGUGGUAUAAGUAACAUUGAGUACGGAUGGAGUGACGCCAUUGUUAAUAAUGCGUUGGUAAGCGCCAUCAAUGAGUCUGCGACUUCUGGCACCGGUGGUGGACGAACAUCCCGUCCUGGCAGCAGCGCUGCACAUGGACGCAAAUCAAGCACCGCCAGUGGUAGUUUCCGUGCCUCGAGUUUUGACCAAAUGGCUGCUCCUUUUACUAACAACAGUGGACGCGGCAAACUCCCCGGAGAUCGUAUUCACAUUGCCGAUUGGGCGCCUCCAACACAGAGCAUGCGUCCUAGCAACGCUACAGAGUCGGAGCAGCUUGAAACCCUUACUGCAUACGUCAAGAGCAUUGGACAGGAACUGGAGGCUCAUAAUCAGCUUCGCAGCCCAAUGUUACUGGCUUUUACACCGCGGGGACAUAAUGCGGGCAAGGCCAUGGCCAACUGGGAGCGCAAGAGCGCGUACUUGCUGCGAGAGAUUGUCAAAUUCCGAACAUAUGUGGACUGCCUGCAGCAAGCAGACGCAAGAAAGCGAGAAAUCUACAGUGAGAGAGAUCUAGCUCAGAAAGCCGCACGAGGUGACCUGAGCGAUGGAGAUAUGGAUGUGAGCGCGGAUGAGGAAGGGGACGAGACAUUGCGACCUUGA